AUGCGUUUCUCCUCUGCCGCCGCCAUUGCCGGCGCUGGCGUCGCCUCCGUUAAUGCCGCCGCUCUUCAGGGAUUCAAUUACGGAGCCACCCUGACUACCGGUGCUGCGAAGCAGCAGAACGACUUUGAGGUUGAUUUCAAGAAAGCUCAGAACCUCGCUGGAACCUCCGGAUGGACUUCUGCUCGUCUGUACACCAGCAUCCAGGGCGGUUCUGCCAACGAUCCCAUCUCCGCCAUUCCAGCUGCCAUCGCUACCAACACCAAGCUCCUGCUCGGAAUCUGGGCCUCCGGUGGUCAAGAGGGUGUUACGAAUGAGAUCCAGGCAAUUGAGAACGCUGUUUCGAUGUACGGAAGCAAAUUCACCGAUCUUGUCGUCGGUCUUUCGGUCGGAUCCGAGGAUCUGUACCGUAUUAGCCCUACCGGAGUGAUCAACAAGUCCGGUAUUGGUGCUGGACCUGACACCUUGGUUGAGUACAUCAACCAGGUCAAGGCCAAGAACUGGGGCUUCCCCAUCGGACAUGUGGACACAUGGAACGACUGGACCAACACCUCCAACGUUGGUGUUAUCGAGGCUGUUGACUGGCUCGGUUUCGAUGGAUACCCAUACUUCGAGUCCACUCUCGACAACCCCAUCGAGAACGGAGAGUCGCUUUUCGAUGCAUCUUACGAGGCCACCGUUGGUGCCGCAAAGGGCAAGCCCGUUUGGGUCACCGAGACCGGCUGGCCAGUGUCUGGCGACAAGUCGGGCAAUGCCGAGGCCUCUACUGACAACGCCGAGACAUACUGGAAAGCCGUUGCGUGCAAGCUGAUCGGCGAGGUCAACAYUUUCUGGUACACCCUCCGUGACUCUGAGCCUACCACCCCCUCGCCAUCUUUCGGCAUCAUUCCAAACGACAUCAACGCCGACCCCCUAUACGACCUGUCAUGCAGCAAGAAGUCCAAGACGUCCAGCUCCGCUACCAAGUCUGCUACCAAGUCUGCUACCCGUUCUUCCACCGCCUCUGCAAGUGAAUCCACCAGCACUGAGGUUGCUGCAGGUGCCGGUGGCCACGGCUCAUCCUCUAACGGUACCUCUACCGAGGCCGGCAGCAUGGCCAGCGGCAGCAUGUCCUCCAUGGCUCCUGUCAUGACCGGUACCUCUGGCACCGGCUCUGGCGCAGGCACUGGCGCAUCCGGCAACUCUACUUCUCCUAGUUACAGCGCUGGUGCCGGUGCCCCUGCAAGCACCACGUCCACUUCUUACACCGGUGAUGCUGCUACCUCGACUAGCGCUCUCUCAAGCCUCGCUGCUAUCAUUGCCUUCAUCGGCCUCGUUGCCCACGCUUAA